CGACGACAGCUUCCACAGGCAGCACACGUCGAACGCACGAGUCGUGCCGGUCGGUGUUCCGCAGUCAAGCAAAAACUCCGAUGUGCGGGAAGGAGAGGAACGGCUCCUCCGCGAUACGAUCUUCCAGUGUGCUACCUUGCCGUCGAUCGCCAGGAAAGCCGCUUCGAAUUCGGCGAGUGUUCGUCCGUUUCGCCGGCGGGAUGUCACCCAGAAAAUGAGCGACAAAGUGGCGAUUUAAACCCGGUUUUCCGGCCACAGUUCGAGAACUAUGGCUUUACAAUGGGAGAAAUUAUCCCCGCAGGAAUUUCAACAGCUGCAGGAUUUGGCGGCAUAUUCCACGAAGAAGUUGCAAGAUGUCCUAGUGGAAUUUUGCGGAGCGGGACCACCUUAUAAACACAAUCCCGAUGGGGACAUCGACUAUGAAGGCUUCCACAAGUUCCUGGACACGUUCCUGGAGGUCAGGACGCCGGAGGAGCUGUGCAGACACCUCUUCCUGUCGUUCGUCAGGCGGGGAGGCGUCAAAGUCGAAGGUAAAGCCUUCAAGGAGAUGACCGUCAUGAGCUCGACGACCGCAUGCGCGCCGGUCACCUCGCAUAACAAAGGUUCCACCCCGAACGUUAAUUCCAUCGGGGAGAGGCACGAGGAGAAGCCCGCCACUUACGGCGAGAUACUCGUGGAGAAAAUACACGGAAUCGGCGAGAAGCUCCUGGGCCAUCACAGGUCCGACAGCGAUUGCUCCACCAGGGGAAAAACAGGGACCGUCCAUCCCAUGUUGACGGUCACUCACAAUUCCUACUCCUGUCACGAGGUGCUCGGCAAGAAGAGCACGGAUUCGUCGCCGUCGCACAGCCAAAUAUCCAGGAAUUCCUCCAAGAAAUCCAGCAAUUCCCUCUUGGUGAACAACAACGGAAAAUUAGAAGAAAUGAGACAUAUCGUAAGAAAGGCCAGCAUGCUGGACGUGAACCAAGUGAAGGUAUCUUUGAAAGACAUCGUUUGUUACCUGUCCCUGCUCGAGGCCGGUCGACCCGAAGACAAAUUGGAAUUUAUGUUUCGUUUGUACGACACCAACGGCGACGGGGUGCUCGACACCAACGAAAUGGACUGCAUCGUCAACCAGAUGAUGACGGUGGCCGAGUACUUGGGCUGGGACGUCUCGGAAUUGAAACCGAUUCUUCAAGACAUGAUGGUCGAAAUAGACUACGACGCCGACGGUACGGUCUCGUUGGAGGAAUGGAAACGCGGCGGUCUGACCACCAUCCCUCUACUGGUCCUCCUCGGGCUGGAUUCCAACGUUAAAGAGGACGGCAAUCACCUGUGGCGAUUGAAGCACUUCAGCCGGCCGGCCUACUGCAAUCUGUGCUUGAACAUGCUGGUCGGCUUGGGGAAGAAAGGGCUCAGUUGCGUUUUUUGCAAGUACACGGUGCACGAAAGAUGCGUCGGUAGAGCCCCGGCCAGUUGCAUAGCCACCUACGUGAAGAGCAAAAAGUCCUGUCAAACUUUGCAACACCAUUGGGUGGAAGGGAAUUGUCACGGAAAGUGCGCGAGAUGCAGGAAACCCGUUAAAGCCGGCAUUACCGGGUUGCAUUGUAGAUGGUGCCAAAUAACGUUGCACAACAAAUGCGUGUCUCAAGUGAAAGCGGAAUGCGGACUGGGCGAACACGCCGUCCACAUUCUACCACCGGUCUCCAUCUGCCCCAUCGUCUUAGAUAGACAGAGGUCGGUGCAAAAAAGGGGCUCCAAAUACGGCAACGAUAAUGGUUCCGUAUCGGGCACUAACAAACAGCCGGCCAUGUCGUUUCAAAUAACCACGUCGCCGGCUUCGGUGCCGCUGUUGGUGUUCAUCAACCCGAAGUCGGGCGGCCGGCAGGGCUCCAGGAUACUCAGGAAGUUCCAGUACAUCCUGAAUCCGCGGCAAGUGCACAUCCUGGGCAGCAGCAACAGCCCCAUGGCGGGGCUCAGCAUGUUCAAGGACGUGCCCAACUUCAAGGUGGUGUGCUGCGGCGGCGACGGGACCGUCGGAUGGGUCUUGGAAACCAUGGAUAAAGUGGAAUUGGAUUGUCAGCCAGCCAUAGCGGUGAUCCCUUUAGGAACGGGGAACGAUCUGGCGAGAUGCCUCCGAUGGGGCGGCGGUUACGAAGGCGAAUCCAUACACAAAAUAUUGCACAAAAUCGCCAGGGCGUCCACGGUGAUGGUCGAUAGAUGGAUGAUUGAUUUGUACGAUACAUCUCCCCCUGAUCCCGACCAGAAGAUUCCAGACACCAGGAUACCGUACAAUAUUAUUAACAAUUAUUUUUCCAUAGGAGUCGAUGCAGCGAUUUGCGUAAAAUUCCACCUGGAGAGGGAAAAGAACCCGGAGAAAUUCAACAGCCGCAUGAAAAACAAGCUGUGGUACUUCGAAUACGCCACCUCCGAGCAGUUCUCGGCGUCCUGCAAGAACCUGCACGAAAACAUCGAAAUAAGCUGCGACGAUCAGAGCCUCGACCUGGCCAACGGGCCGCCCCUGCAGGGCAUCGCCCUGCUCAAUAUACCCUACACGCACGGCGGCUCGAACCUGUGGGGCGAGCACCUGAGCAGCACCAGGAGGAAAAAGUCGAAAAAGAAACAGAAGGAGUUGAGCACCAGCAGCUUCAAUUCCGUCGAUUUGAGCGUCGCCGUUCAAGAUAUCGGUGACGGCCUAAUCGAAGUGAUAGGUUUGGAGAAUUGCCUGCACAUGGGCCAGGUGAGGACGGGGCUGAGGGCCAGCGGCAGGAGAUUGGCGCAAUGCUCGUCCGUUUUGAUCAAAACUAAAAAGACUUUUCCGAUGCAAAUCGACGGGGAACCGUGGAUGCAACCGCCGACAACAAUACGUAUCACUCACAAGAACCAAGUGCCCAUGCUGAUGGCGCCGCCGACGGAGAAAGGCAAGGGCUUCUUCAGAUUCUUCCGUAGGUAG